UUUUAAUUUAAGAACCAAAGAAUAAUUCAGCAAAAAAAAAAAUCCCAAAGAAUAAAAAUCCGAAAUUAAAUUUAAAAAAAAGGAAAAUUAAGGAAGGAGUUUGGCUGGGGAGGCCUAACUCUGAUUCUAUCAUCAGUAACUUCCCAUAUCCACGAACUUCCAAGUUCCAAUGUUCAAAAAUACGAAAUGGAAACUGCCCCCGUCUUUUUCUGAAACUACAAGAUUCGAGGUCUUUGGUGCCAAAACAAAACUAAAUUACGGAUUUUGAGUGGGCAUGAAAUAAUGUUAGGAAGAUCUGGUUUGUGCGAGUUGUGAAUAGAAGAAAUGGAACCUCCGAAAGGAAUUUGGGCUUCUCUGUGGAACUUUAUUCGCUUUCUACCUUACUUCAUUGGCCUUUUGCUUCUUGGCCAUAUUAAAGGUAUCAUAUUAUGCCCCGUGAUUUGUCUAAUCAUGACAGCCGGAAACUUGGCUAUCAUACUUGUUCUUUGGCUGCCACACGGUGUCUGGGCUUAUUACAGCAUUUUGUGGGCUAAAAAAUUGGGGCCAGUUCUAAAGCUUGUUCUGUGUGUAUCUGUGCUACCUAUACUUUUGAUAUUGUGGCCUGUGGUUGGUAUUCUUGGAAGCAUUGUGGGCGGAGCAGCCUACGGCUUUCUUUCACCAGUAAUGGCUACUUUUAAAGCUGUUGAAGAAGGGAAGACCAGCAAAUUGUAUCACUGCUUUUAUGAUGGAACUGUCAGCACUUUCAAAGGAUGCUUCACCUUUAUCAGGGAUCUGAAGGAUGUUUGCCACCAUUCUUACUUUUCAGUUAUGAAUGAUUUAAGGGAACAAGGGCCUCCAAAUGGAAAAUACUAUGAGAUCAGAAUUCUUUAUCUUCCUGGUGCAGUUGUAGCAGGCGUCCUAGGUUUCAUUGUUGAUUGGCCGGUGAUCUCAGUUAUAGCCCUAUUCAAAGGUUUUUAUAUGCUCUUUAAGGGGUGGCAUCGCUUGUUUCAUGACCUUGUAGGUCGGGAAGGCCCUUUCUUGGAAACGAUAUGCGUGCCAUUCGCAGGUCUUGCUAUCCUACUUUGGCCACUGGCUGUCAUUGGGGCAGUAUUGGCCUCCAUCGUGGCCAGUAUCUUUCUUGGUGCGUUCGCUGGGGCCAUCGUUUAUCAGGAGUCCUCUUUCUGGUUUGGGCUUUGCUAUAUUGUUGCCUCCCUUGCCAUAUAUGAUGAAUACAGCAAUGAUGUUCUUGAUAUGCCUGAAGGGUCAUGUUUCCCAAGACCUUGCUACCGAAGGAAGGAUGCGUUAUCUAGGACAACAUCUCGUGGAUCUUCCUUCUCAAGGCCCGGCUCUUUCCGAAAUUCCCAGACAGGUUCCAUGAUUGAUUUGAAGCCACUUGAGCUUCUUGAUAGCUUGUUUAAGGAGUGUGAACAUUAUGGAGAACUCUUGGUUUCGGAAGGACUAAUAAGCCUUCAAGACAUUGAAGAUGCCAAGUCUGGUAAAGGUAGCAGCAUUAUUGGCACUGGCUUACCAGCUUAUUGCCUUCUUCAGACACUCAUACGCUCUUCAAAAGCUAAUUCUGGAGGCAUAUUGUUAAAUGACAACACUGAGAUUAAUAGCACAAACAGACCGAAAGAUGUCGUGUUUGAUUGGUUUCUCAACCCCUUAUUGAUCAUCAAGGAGCAGAUUAGAGCAGAAAACCUCUCCGAGGCAGAAGAGAGUUACUUUUGCAAGUUGGUUCUGUUGAGUGGUGAUCCUUCAAGGUUGAAAGAUGCAGACAUUGGUCCAUCCCCUGAACCGGAGCGUAAGCGAGCAGAGCUCGACGCUUUAGCUCGGAGGCUCCUAGGGAUCACUAAAUCUAUCUCAAGGUAUCCAACUUUUCGGCGUCGUUUUGAGCAACUAGUCAGAUCCUUAUCAGAUGAACUAGAGAAGAACAAUGGAAAGCGUCAAACAAUUCAGAGAUCAAAGAGCGCAAAAGAAACAAUUCGAAGGUCGAAGAGCGCUUUUGCGGGGUUGUUUAGUUCAAAGUCCUUCAAGUUUAAAACAAGCAAUCAUGGUUCUGAUCAGGAGUCACAAGUAAUUGCAAGAGAAGUAGAAAUUGCAUGACGACGAGAAAUAUUGAACCUCUUCAUCCGAAAUCUUA